UGAACCUGCGAAUAUAUGUACUCCGGAGCGAACGAAGCGGCAGCAGAGACUACUCCUCUCCAGGACUCGGCAAAGGGAACCCAGGACUAUGAGAGCUCUUCUGAUCUUGGUGGCCGUGUUGGCGCUGGCUUGCCUCGUCGCCUGUGACGCCGAAGCAGAACCCCAUCUACCCUUCUUGGGCGGACUGGGGGGGUUGGGGGGAUUAGGGGGAUUGGGAGGGUUUGGAGGUGGGGGAUAUGGAGGUCGGGGCUAUGGAGGUCGGGGCUUUAGAGGACGAGGCAUCGGGAGAGGCUUCGGGAGACGAGGCUUUGGAGGAAGAGGAGGGUUUGGAGGAAGAGGAGGGUUUGGGGGCCACGGCCUGACGCUCCCUCUCUUCGGCGGCCACCACCACCACUGGUAAACCAACACGAGGCGGAGGCGAGGCAAGUGACGUCAUGGAGGAUUCCGUCUUUUCACUAUAACGAAGGGAUAGUUGCUGAUAUGAUGUUGUUUUGUCUCUCUCGUAUCUCUCUGUGUUGUAUCUUCCAAUGGUAGAUACAGUGUGUAUUGUGAUGAACAAAGCAAGGCAUUUUGC